AAAUCGUUUGGCAACACUGCCAGCAGCUGUCAUUUCACCAGCCGUCACAUAAUCACUCCUCACACAUUUGGACUGCAAAUUGUUUUUUUUACCAUUUCUAGAUAUUUCUAAGUAAAUUGCGAGUGGGAAUUGUCAUCGAAAUGCUAGCCCGCGCUAUUCGAGUGCGUCCCUUGAUGCGGGGCAUCGCCUCGACGUCGGUGUGGACACGAAACCGUCCCGCCCAGAGUUCCCUGAUGCAGUACUGCCGGGAUCGGGCAACGCGCCUUCAGCGAUUUCAUGGAGCCAAUUUAAUGGUGCAGCGCUUCUACAGCCGCAAAAGGGACGAUUCCGACGAGGACAUGAUGUCGGAGGGCCACGGCCCUGAGCUGAUGUCUGACCGAGAUCCCCAGCUGCCGGCUACGGUGGCGGUGCCGGAUGUCUGGCCACAUGUCCCGCUGCUGGCCAUGCGCAAGAAUCCCCUCUUUCCGCGCUUCAUGAAGAUUGUGGAGGUAUCCAAUCCUAUAAUCAUGGACCUGCUGCGUCGUAAAGUAAAGCUAAAUCAACCUUAUGUGGGCGUGUUUCUCAAGAAAUCUGAUGGCGAGGAGGAACUCAUUCACAAUUUAAAUGAUGUCUACAGCCUCGGCACAUUUGCACAAAUCCAGGAGCUACAAGAUCUGGGAGACAAGUUGCGCAUGGUUGUGGUGGCCCACCGGCGCAUUCGGAUCACAGGUCAGGUGGUCGAGGAUGUGCCCAAACCCGUGAAAAUGACAACUUUGCAUUAUCCACUAUUUAAUGUUAAAUUACAAAUCCCAGCUGAAGAUCAAACGACUGAUCAAGCGGAGGUGGCGCCAGUGAAAUCCAGGUCCGAGGCAACCCGAAAGCCUCGUGGCCGGGUUCCCAGAAGCCGGGCUGGAAAAUUACGCGAGUCGGCGGCCGCUGAGGAAAUUGUUCAAGCUCAGACUCUAGAACCGCCUCUAAAAUCAGGCCAAGUCGAGUCUAUAAGUUCGCCCAAGCCUCCCACGGAAGGAAAAAAAGUAGAGGCCGAAGGCGCUGCAGAAGGUGCUUCUGAGUCCGCGCAAAGCGCCCCUCCUGUUCUCAUUGUAGAAGUAGAGAAUGUAAAGCAGCCAAUUUACAAACAAACUGAAGAGGUCAAGGCGUUGACCCAGGAGAUCAUUAAGACUCUACGGGAUAUCAUCACAAUGAAUCCCUUGUAUAGAGAGAGUCUCCAGCAGAUGCUGCAUCAAAACCAACGCGUAGUCGACAAUCCUAUUUACCUAUGUGAUUUAGGUGCUUCACUUUCCGCUGGAGAGCCAGCUGAACUCCAAAAGAUUCUUGAGGAAACGGAUAUACCAGAACGCCUGCAGCUGGCCCUUACUCUGCUAAAAAAAGAAUUGGAACUGUCGAGGCUGCAACAAAAAAUUGGACGCGAAGUGGAGGAGAAGGUCAAACAGCAGCACCGAAAAUAUAUACUUCAAGAACAGCUGAAGGUUAUCAAAAAAGAACUCGGAAUCGAAAAAGAUGACAAGGAUGCUAUAGGUGAAAAGUAUCGCGAAAAACUGAAAGAUAAGGUCGUUCCCGAAAGUAUAAUGACAGUAAUUGACGAAGAGCUGACCAAACUGAACUUCCUGGAGAGCCACAGCUCUGAGUUUAACGUUACCCGCAAUUACCUCGACUGGCUUACCUCUCUGCCCUGGGGCGUUAUAAGUACCGAGAAUCUCUGCCUGGAGAAAGCGACUGAGAUUCUGAACAAUGAUCACUAUGGCAUGGAAGAUAUUAAGAAGCGUAUUUUGGAGUUCAUUGCCGUCAGCUCCCUGAAGGGCACCACGCAGGGCAAGAUCCUGUGCUUUCAUGGGCCUCCUGGUGUGGGAAAGACAAGCAUAGCCAAGUCCAUUGCUCGCGCCUUGAACCGAGAGUAUUUCCGCUUCAGCGUGGGAGGAAUGACGGACGUAGCUGAAAUCAAGGGUCAUCGCCGCACGUAUGUGGGCGCUAUGCCUGGUAAGCUGAUUCAGUGCCUGAAGAAGACCAAGAUAGAAAACCCCUUGGUGCUUAUCGAUGAGGUCGAUAAGAUCGGCAAAGGAUACCAGGGAGAUCCCAGCUCUGCUUUGCUCGAGCUCCUCGACCCUGAGCAGAAUGCCAAUUUCUUGGAUCACUAUCUGGAUGUGCCAGUGGACCUCUCUCGAGUACUUUUUAUUUGCACAGCCAACGUUAUCGACACCAUCCCUGAGCCUUUAAGGGAUCGCAUGGAGUUGAUCGAGAUGUCUGGUUAUGUUGCCGAGGAAAAGAUCGCCAUCGCACGACAGUACCUAAUGCCUCAGGCCAUGAAGGACUGCGGCCUAACGGAUAAGCAGAUUAACAUUACCGAAGAUGCCUUAAAUAUGCUCAUCCGCAGUUAUUGUCGGGAAUCCGGUGUGCGAAAUCUGCAGAAGCAUAUCGAGAAAGUUAUUCGCAAGGUGGCCUUCCGACUGGUGAAGAAGGAGGGCGAGCACUUCCCCGUGAACGCUGAUAACCUGACCACAUUCCUGGGCAAGCAGAUCUUCAGCUCAGAUCGCAUGUACGCCACCACACCGGUAGGCGUGGUAAUGGGCUUGGCCUGGACGGCCAUGGGGGGCUCUUCACUCUAUAUCGAAACCUCCAGGCGCCACAUACGACAUUCGGAAAAAACAGAUGCGACUUCUGCCAGUGGAACUCUACACAUCACCGGCAAUCUGGGAGAUGUCAUGAAGGAAUCGGCCCAAAUAGCCUUAACUGUAGCACGAAACUUUUUGAACACGAUUGAUCCUAAGAAUUUAUUCUUGGAGCAGGAACACAUUCAUCUUCAUGUUCCUGAAGGAGCCACACCGAAAGAUGGUCCCAGUGCUGGAAUUACCAUCAUCACAGCCUUGGUUUCUUUGGCCACUGGCAAGCCAGUGCGACAAGAUGUGGCAAUGACGGGUGAAGUGUCCCUGAAAGGAAAAGUGCUGACCGUGGGUGGCAUCAAGGAGAAGACCAUUGCAGCCCGUCGAAGUGGAGUCAAUUGUCUGAUCCUGCCUGUGGAUAACAAAAAAGACUUCGAGGAGUUACCCUCGUAUAUAACCGAGGGUCUAGAAGUACACUUCGCCACCACCUACGAUGAUGUCUACAAAAUAGCCUUUGCCGAUGCCACCGAAACGACUACCGACAACGUAGUGGAGCAGGAGCCAUUGCAAAAGGUUUCCAGUGCGGCAGCCGCCAAGGCGUCGAAGCAGCCUUAAUCGUAUUCUUAGCUUGGGGGUUGUACGGGUGUUCAUAGUUUAUUGAUAUCGAUCGUUAUCAGGUUAAUUAGUGUAUUUAGACCAUAGCAUUUGAUAAACUAAUGCCAAGUAAAUUGAAUGUACUGACGAACAGAA